AGCACUUUCCUGCCCAAAGAGCGGCGGUUUGGAGGGUAUAAUCGCCCAUACCUCGAAUCACUUUUCCUGUUUCAGCCAUUUGGCCAUGGCUACGAGGUCCAGGCGGCUUGCUUGCCUUGCAAUGAAGUCCAGCGCCCUUGCGGCGGCCGGUGCCCUGCCCACCCCCGGACGCCCUUCCUCCCCCCGGCGAAUGCGCCGCGAAAGCGCCGCGAGGAGGGGGGGGGGGUUUGAUGGGCGGCCUAGGGUAGUGGCGUGCAGCGCCAUGACGGGGGACGAGCGGCUGGUACGAGAGGCUGUGAAGCUGGGGGUGGUCAACGAUGAAGUCCGGCAACUGGCGCUAAAGAAGCUCAAGAACAAGUCAACAAUCGCCUGGGCUGUGGAGACGGUCAGCGAUGAGGCUCAGCUACGGCUUGCUCAGCUGAAGGAGCUGUACGAAACGCCCGGGGUGUCGCGAUGGCUUUUCAUCAGCGCCACGGUGGCAUUUCUGGUCACCGCGGGCCCGGUCAUCGGAUUGAAAGUGCUCGGCUUCACCGCAACCGGCGUCGUCAAGGGCUCUCUGGCUGCAACCAUCCAGUCCACCUUCCCCUCAGUGACCGCUGGCGCUUGGUUCGCGUGGGCCCAGAGCGCAGCCGCCACGGGCACCGCGGCCUGCUGGAAGUCUGGCACCCUGCUGGGCCUUGGCACUUGGUGGGCGAAGGCCCCAAAGCCGGAUCCCGCGGGAUCCGUGGGCGAGCGGCCGAAGACGGCAACAGCUUGGGAGGCCGAGCGCGACGAGGAAUUGCUCCUCGCCCUUGUCCGCGAGCAGCGGGUGGACUAUGAGAUGCGGAGCCUUUUUUUGCAGCGCAUACGCACCGUGAACCCGCAAGCUGCUUUGUAAGGUGCGCUGGCGUUGCUCGUGCGGGUGACGAUUGCUAUAGUGAGCUUGUGAGACGCGCGGCAGUUCUGAG